AUGCCAGCCCCAAUAUCGCCUUGUUUUCUGCUGCUGUGGCUUCUCCCCUCACGUUGUUUGAUGAUGGAUUACGGCGAGGAUGUAACCGUGAGUCAGCUUCUGAAUCCCAAAUCCCACCAUGCAGAGGCCACAGAGAUUCUCAACACUUUACUGAGAGAGUACGACAAGAAACUGCGCCCGGACAUUGGAGUUAAACCCACCGUCAUCGACAUGGACAUCUACGUCAACAGCAUCGGACCAGUCUCCUCCGUAAACAUGGAAUACCAGAUCGACAUCAUCUUUGCUCAGACAUGGACGGACAGCAGGCUGCGUCACAACAGCAGCAUGAGGACCCUGACCCUCAACAGUCACAUGGUGGGCCUCAUCUGGCUGCCGGACACCAUCAUCCGCAACUCUAAGAGCGCAGACUCCCACUGGGUCACCAUGCCCAACCAGCUGCUGCGCAUCGGCAACUCCGGCAAGAUCCUCUACACACUGCGACUCACCAUAAACGCAGAAUGCCAGCUCCAGUUCCACAACUUCCCCAUGGACGAACACUCCUGUCCUCUCAUCUUCUCCAGCUACGGAUACCCACAGGACGAGAUGAUUUACAAGUGGAGGAGGAACUCUUUGAAGGCGGCGGAUCAGAAAUCCUGGCGUUUGUAUCAGUUCGACUUCAUGGGACUGAGGAACACAACAGACGUCAUCAGUACCACAGCCGGCGACUAUGUGGUGAUGACUGUGUACUUCGACCUGAGCAGGAGGAUGGGAUUCUUCACUAUCCAGACCUACAUCCCCUGCAUCCUCACUGUGGUCCUGUCCUGGGUAUCCUUCUGGAUCAAGAAAGAAGCCACUCCCGCCAGGACUGCUCUAGGAAAUGGAACUUUGAUCGGAGCUUCGGCCAACGUGGUGUGCGCUGGUAUCGCUGAGCAGCACGGAUAUGGCUUUUCAUUCAUGGAGUUUUUCAAGUAA